ACGGAGGGAGCGAAGGAGAGGGAGCGGACAGGAGGAAGGGAGGGAGAGCGUGAGGUGCACCGGGAGCGGAGGAAAGUUGGAGGAAGACAAGAGGGAGAGAAGAAAACCCCAUUCAAUGCUAAUUCAAGUGGCGGGAAGCGGACGACAGGCUCUGUGCAGCACGCCUCCUCUGAGUCGACCGGACUUCACCAUCAUGUUCGCAGACGCCAGGCAGGGGGGCCGGGACAGGGUCUACCAAAACAACAACGGCACGCACCACCACCACCACCACCACCACCCGUGGCCACACAAGGUACCGGGCUUUCCGCUGGAGCUGAGGCGCGCCGUCAGUGAGCGCAAGAUGACAUGUGACAAAAACGGGAGCCUGCCAUUCGUGGCAAAAGAGCACACGGCGAAAUCUCACGAGAGCACGGGCGGCAGCGGCGGCGACCUUUCAAACAGACCCUGGUGGCGUCAGACAAAGCUGCCUUUCGCCGCGCGGGACGGCCGCGCGCAGCCAGAUGUGGCCGGAUACAGCUGUGCGCCGGAGGCGAGCCCCGCGAGGUGGAGCAGGUCUGUGGGACGGGAGAAGAAACACUGCCUGUUUGUGAGGGACUACUACAGAGAAUGCCGCUUUGUUGAGCACUGCCACCAGACCGACACACACCCCUCCUCAGGGAAGUGCUCGCCUGCUCCGCCGACACAGUUCAAAGGUCAAGAAAACUGUGGCGCUCCUGUUCACAGCCAGGGACAACAGCAGGGCUGUGUGAGAGAGCCCUUUCAGAGAGAGCCAUAUGGAGCUGACAUGCCUGACACAGGUAAACAAGACCCCGCUCCACGCGACUACUUAAAAACCACUUUAAAUUCUGAUUCUGAUUGCAAAGUGGAUAGCAGCGAGGGGGAUCAAGUUGCACCCAAGGUCCUGGCACAGGAAAGCCUCGACAAAUCCAGCCCCAGUAACUCUCCCAUCCUCCCAUCCCAAGUUUCGUGUGGGGAGCUGACUUCUGCCAACACGCCGCAGCAGCAGCAGCAGCAGCAGCAUCAACAGAGCUGUUCCCAGAUGGGGGAGAGCACAACUAAUGCUGAGCGGCUGCCCUCCAGUGCAGCACAGGGACCGAAGCCCGCACCAGAGCCCGAGCCCGAGCCCGAGCCCGAGCCGUGCCUGCCGUGGCCAAAGAAGAAACAGAGGGCCGUCCGGGACCAAAUCCGACGAGUUGUCGUGGAACUGGAGGGGAUUUUGCACGGCCUAAAAGAGGUUCAUCUGGAGAUGAAAGAGGUGGUCCAACAGAUUGAGCUCCUGACCUCAGACAUUGACCUCACGGGGGACGAGCCGCACGCCGGUCUCCAUAGUGACACGCUGGGCAGCAGCAGCUCCAGCGGGGUGAUGGUGGGCUGCUCGCGGGCGGAGGGGGAGGACAGUGGGGACGUGGAGUCGGGCAGGGCAGACAGUGCCCCCUCCUCCCAAAAGAGCGUCGCCUCAGAGAGCAGCAGCCCCGUGUCGUUCAGCACUGUGGCCAAUGCCAAGACACAGCACACUCCGAACUCUAAUGAGGACCACAACACUUCGCCAAAUUACCCACUUAACACUGAUUCUCCACCAGCUAACCCGUCCAGUGGCCCCAAGCCAAAGGGCAGGAGGGAGGGAAUAAAACCAGCCAUCUUGAGGGCAGUCACUCUAGGAGCCAGGGGCAAGAAGCCCCCGCCGUACCCCCACCAGCACCCCAAAACCACCAGGCCAGACAAGGGAAGGGAUUGUCCCCCGUACCCAGUGAAACGCAGGCUGCUCUCCACCACAGUCUGAGGGACCCGGGGCGCCAGGGCUGCUGCCGCUGCUGGUUGGCACAGUUCUCACCAGCUGUGAGAGAGGUCGGUCUCCACGGUGACAGGAACCUUUCAGAAAGACCCACGGGACUACUGAGGGAGCAUGCACCACCACUAGCUAAUACACACCCUGAGGACUGAGGCUGCAGUAGAUCGGGUAAGUCCUAUCAAUCUUCCUCCAUCUGUCUUAUGCAAAAAAUUACUCUAUGGGAAGAUAAGCAUCAGGGGGGGAAAAACUUAGAGUGUAUAAAUAGCUGUGAGAUUGUGUGUAGGUGAACGGUUUUAGAAUGCGCCCGUGGGUCUAUUGCACUGGACCAAGAGAGACCAUCCUGCCAAGUUCUGCUUUUUAGAUGAGCAUUAGGAAUGAGCACAAGGAAGACAGAAUCUGCAGGCUGCAGGUUUGUUUCUCUCUCAGUGGGAGUUCAGUGCUAGAUGCUGAGAUUCUUGUUAUGGCAGAUACAAUGAGCUGCAUUCUUAAUUUUCUUGGAACAACCUCAUUUGGAGAAACAGAGCAUCUUCAGAUACAAUGCAGCUCUCGCUGUGCACAUGGCUAUUCUAGCAGAUUCCUAAUCCCUGGUUUAGUUUUCUACAUCUAAUAUCCCCAUAGAA